CAGCAGCAGCAGCGUCGGUGGUGGUGUGAUCAUGUGACUCCUGCCUUUACGACACAACAAUACAACACACACACCGUAUCGGUCUGCAUUCACUCUCUCUCCCCCACUCUCCCCCUCCACGCCUCGCUCUCGGUAUGGCGGACGGCGAGAGGUCCCCCUUACUAGCAGACCUGGGAGAAGGUGCUCUCGGCAUCGGCUCCGGCGGGUUGUCUCCGGGUGCGGCGCCUUACGGUGUGCCCAGCAAACCACAGAGCUUCCCUCCAUUCCCAAGCCCCACCCAGCCCUCAGUGCUGCUAGGGGAGGACCCUCCACCCUACUCCCCUCUCACUUCCCCAGAGAGUGGCAGCGCCCCUGUUAUCAGCUGCAGAGUGUGCCAGAGCUUGAUUUCUGUGGAGGGCAAGAUCCACCAGCACGUGGUGAAGUGUGGGGUUUGCAAUGAAGCUACGCCCAUUAAGAACGCCCCAGCAGGGAAGAAGUACGUUCGCUGCCCCUGCAACUGUCUCCUCAUCUGCAAAGUCACUUCCCAGAGGAUCGCCUGUCCCCGGCCAUAUUGUAAGCGGAUAAUUAAUCUUGGCCCCGUUCAUCCUGGACCUGCCAGUCCUGACCCCCAGCCAGCUGGAGCCCGCGUCUCCUGUGGACACUGCAGCAACACCUUCCUGUGGACAGAGUUCACAGACCGGACGCUGGCCAGGUGCCCACACUGCAGGAAAGUCUCGUCUAUUGGUCAGAGGUAUCCCCGGAGGCGGAGCUUGUGGUGUUUUCUACUCUGCUUGCUAUUCGUCAUCUCAACUGCGGGGCUGAUAGCUGGAACGUGGGUGCAGGCGCAGACCUACCAGGGGAUCUACGCCUCUUGGGCCGUGCUGCUGCUCCUGGUUGUCAUCACCAUGGCGCGGGCCUUCUACUGGGCCUGCAUGAGGGUCAGCCAACCCCUCCAGAACUUCACAUAGAGCCCCCAAUCAAACCCCUUCAGCACCAUGUUCCUUAUCCGCCAGGCAGGAGGAAAAGAUGGCUUUAAGGAGAAAAAAACAAAAAAACAAAAAAAAAAACAGAAUAUUUAUUUAAAUCCAACUCCAGAAAGAAAAAAGUUCUCCUCUUCCUGUCCCCUCCCUUUUAGUCAAACGUGUUUCAAAAACUGGAUGGCGAUGGCUGCGACUGCUAUAUAUCUAUCGGUAAUUAUGAUGAUGCGUAAAGCCUAAUGUACUGUUUAUCUGUUCUAAUCUCGUGGCCAGUGUGGGGUUCAUUUUAACAUUAUAACAAAUUCUCUGCCUCGAUUUCCCCCUUGCGCUCUUUAUAAAUCUUUGAUUUAGUCUGUGGCACAUCUGUUGCACUCGCAACUUCUGAGACGACGGCUGAAAGUCUUAGACGUGAAUACCGCCCCUUGUUUUUUUAAUUUUUUUUAUUAACUACACUCUUUCUUCAGCCCUAAUCCACAUUAAGGUCUAAGCAUUUGGAGCAUUUAACAUUUUUCAAAACCCAGAAACAAAUACAUUUUUUUUUUGACAGCGGCGAUGAAGUCAGAUGAAGUUUUCAAAACAAAACAAUGACGCCAGUAGAACAUUAGUUCGGCUGGAGGGACAUCUGCCUCCUUUUGUGAAUCAGAAGAUCAAGUAUGUGUUGAAAUGUGUCUGGAAAUUGAAUUCAGCACGACGUGAAAGGUAGGCUAUGAUGUCUCUGAACUCCAUGUUUAUGCUGAAUUAUCCCCUGGGACUGACUUUGAUCCAAAGCAGCUUGAAAGCCUUAAAAGGAGGUGUGAUAGAAGGAUUCAACACACACACACACACACACACACACACAUGUACACAGCCAAUCAUAUACACACACACAGAUAUGAAUGCAUAGCGGCACACAACAAAAGGAGGAUGCUCUUUUGGAGUUGCAACAGCUCAGAAACCAGUUUGUCAAAGGCACUCCAGCCUCUCUCUUCAAAGACAAACUCGCAGACAGAUUUCCUCCAUUCGGUUUGUCCUUAUUUCUGACAUGCAAGCCCCCUCUCUGCAUGAACGCUGGAUAUUGUGUACCGGUCGCAUCAGAGUAUAACCACAUCUAAAGAUUUAGCUUCACUUUGAUCCGAACUGUGGCCAACACGUUUACUUUCUGAAGAAGUUUUUAUGUCAUUCAACCUAUUUCCCCAUUUCAGCUUUCGAACUUAAAUCUCUUAUUUUCAUAUCGUACAGCCACUGCAAAUUCGGCGUAAUCCAACUCCAAUACAAUUUGUCAUGCAUCAACAUGGUUUUACCUGGGUUGAUCUUGUUCUGCUCAGCUUUAAGAAACACUCAAAUAUGAACCAAAACACACCAGGGCUCACAUUGAUAUCUACUUCCUCGUAGCCUGUGAGUAUGGGGGGUGUGUGUGUUGUUGGAGUUGCUGUUUGUGUCGUUGCUUGUAAAUUUUGAUCCUACAAACCUUGAACAGGUUUUUCUUUGGAGAGGACCCGGCUUAAAUCUUGAGGCCUAUUUGGCCAACUGCUGCUGAUUCUUAAAAAGCAACGAUAGCUCUGUUAGCGACCCUGAAACUUUGGGAUGUGCUUGUUGAGAGUGUAAAAUCGCUGAAUAGUUCAACUCUCGUGAUCUGUCUCUUGAUCUGCAUUUGGGACAAUUCAUGGUGGAAAUUUUUUUUUUGUCAUUGAAGACGGAGGCUGGAGCUCUCUUACUGAUUGAUUUCCAGGCAGAGCAUUCACCUUUAAGGCCAGUGGUAUAUGUGUGAAAGAGGAGUUGUCUGCUUACUACACAAAGCCUAAUGCCAGUCAGAAUAGGUCAGUGAACUGCACACACACACAAACACUACACUUGACAUUCUCACUCAGUGCAAGUCCCACAAUGACUCUGUGGUUCUGAAUGUGGUUACAUUUCUUUUAUGAAUUACGUGUUUGUUUGUUUGUUUUUUGUUUUUGAUUGUAAAUAUAUUUGUUGUUCAUGUACAAUGGAAGUGACUAAGCGGAUUAUGUUGCACUCAGUUCUUAACACUACUGCUGUGAUCGCUGCGGACCUUUUUAUUCGUUGUUUUUAAGAAGGUUAUUUUUGCAAAUCUUCACCUGUUACAUAUUUAAUGAUUUGUUGAACUACUAACCUAAUAAGCCUCGGGACACGCAGUGGUGUCCAAAUCUUAACCACAAUCACAGACACACCAACAUACUCACAACGACGACAAUAAACACAUUCCCGAACGAGGACAUUUCUCUGUCACACACACACACACACACACAAACACACACACACACACCCAGCACCUUAUACAGUAGUGAGAAACACUGCAUACACCAAGUGAGACGAGAUGAAGUUGCUUUGCUAGACUGAGCUGAGGUCGCAGACAGUUAGUAUGGAAGUGUCAUGUUAUUUAUUAUACAUGCUGCAAAAAAGGCCACUACAACAAAUAAGUCAUUUAUGAAGUCCUCAAAUCUUAUUUAUUGUUACAAAUUCAAGUCUGUCGAGAAGUGAGAAUAUUUCCCUCACCUCAAGACUCGACAGGGCAAUACGAUUUUCAAACACUGAAAUCAACACGAUGAUCCGCUAGGUUGAAGUUAUAGCUAAUAAAUUCAAUUCUGAGACUUUGAAGGAAACGAGUGUGAAAGGAAAGAUUGUAGGACAUGACUUAUUUAGAAGUGUAUUCAGAACGAACACAAAGCCAAGUUUUCCUUGCACGGCGCAAUUCAAGACGAGUAAAGGUAAAUACUUGAAUUUUCACCAGCCAACGCAGCGACUUCUUCAUGCAAUUUCAAAGAUUUUGCAAACAUUAGCGAUGACAUUCUGCUGUUGGGGUCACCAGGAUUCAGAAAUUGAGAUCAAACCUGUCGCUGUAUGCUAUCCAGAUGAAUCACUCAUUGGCUGUAAGGGCAAAUUAUUGUGUAAUGCAACUUGAAUACGGGCCAUGUUGACUUGGAAAAAAAAAAAGCAAUGCAAGAUUGACUUUGUGUUUUGUCUCAAUACACCUUUAGUAUCCCUUUUUUGCAGUAGAGUGAUCAUGUUUUAUCCAUGACUGCAAAUGAAAUGAAUCAUGUUAAUGCCAAUAAUCAAGAACCUGGCUGAUGCUCUUUUCAGAGUUUGUUUACACGCAAAUAAAGACAUGAUGAUGAUGUACAAAACAGCUAAUGUGAGUUCUUUUUAUUAACCGACGCAGGACGGGGCUGUAGGAAGGAAAAAAACCUCAAAUAUUAAUGUUACAAAACCUGUAAUUUAAUGAUGCAACAUGUCGAGGCAAACCUGCCUGGGGAAGAUCUUGAAGGUCUAAGUGAGCUUGAAAUAUUGAGUGUCUGUAUCCCUUCUUUCCUUUAUCUGUAUGCUGCUUACCUUCUGCACCUGUGCCAUCUUGGCUCUAUACAACACUUACUCCAAACCUUCCUAACGUAAGCUAUCUCAACC